AUGACCCGGAAGCAGGUUGCAGGGUACAGCCUUGAGAGGCGGAUCGGCAAGGGUUCCUAUGCCACUGUGUGGAAAGGCCGUGAUGACAGCAACGAGUCUGUCGCCGUCAAGGUCAUCAGCCGACAGACCGUGACUGAGACAGCGCAGCUGCGGCAAGAGGUAGAGGUCCUGCGCAAAAUAUCUCAUCCCAACAUAGUGCGAUUCCGGGACCUGAAGAAAAGCGCCGCUCACUUCUACCUUGUGUUGGAGUACUGUGCUGGUGGAGACUUGUCACAAUUCCUUCGAGAGAAGGGUCGAGUUCAAGAGGAGACGGCGCGGCGGUUUCUCACCCAAAUCGCAGAGGGGCUUUCUGUGCUACACCAGGUGAACGUGCUGCAUCGCGACUUGAAGCCGCAGAAUAUCUUACUUAGUGAUAGCUCGAUGGACCCGGUGCUCAAAAUCGCGGAUUUCGGAUUCGCCCGAGCACUUCCUCCGCAAGAUAUGGCUGCCACGGUGUGCGGGUCACCCUUGUACAUGGCGCCAGAGAUCCUACGUCACGAGCCCUAUGACGCGAAAGCAGAUUUGUGGUCAGUCGGUGCUAUACUCUUCGAGCUCCUCAUGGGAAGGACGCCGUUUUCGGGAGCCAAUCCCAUGCAGCUUCUGGCAAACAUCGAGAAGAGCCCGGAGCUGUCUUUCGAGGGCGUGCAGCUCUCACCAGAAGGUCAGAAGUUCCUUCGAGCGCUCCUCGUCAGCCCGGCGCAGCGGCUCUCCAGCCAG